UAUUACUAUCAAACAACAAAGAAUAAUGGCUAAAGUCUAUCCUCAAGAACAAGAAUCUACAACAUCAUCUCAGUCUCAUGAUGAUCAGUGUGUCAGUAAUAAGAGAGAAAGAUAUACAGUAUGGAUGAAAUCACUUGUUCUUCACUCUAAUGGUUGCACUGUCUAUGAUUCAAAUGGUAACAUAGUUUAUAGAGUUGAUAACUAUGAUAGAAAAGGUGGAAGAGAAGUUAAUCUUAUGGAUCUACAAGGAAAUGUUGUCUGCACCAUCAAAAAGAGAUUACUAGCUUUUGGAUGUUGGGAAGGCCACAGAUAUUAUAGCAGUAAUUCUGGUUGUAGAAUCCAGAAAGAGCAACCAUGGUUUCAAGUUAAAAGAUAUCUCACCGGGAAAACAGCUUGCGAGAUUAAAGUUGGAUCCCAAAAUUUGUGCAUAGAAAAUAUGAGUAUUGGAAAAUCAUUUGGUUUUCGGAUAGUAAACAAAAAUGGAGAAAUCAUAGCAGAGGCAAAACAAAAACAGUCUUCAUCAGGGAUUGUUCUGAGUAAUGAUGUUCUAACUUUGGAUUUGGAAGCUGGCACGGAUCAUUCCCUUAUAAUGGCUUUGAUUACAGUCUAUGGAUUGAUGUGCGGCUUAAUGUAAAUAUUUCAUUUUGUAAUUUAAUUUGUGUUUGGUUCAGUUUGUAUAAGAAGAGAAUGAACUUUUAUUUAUUUAUUUACUGAACAUCAUCAGGAUCUGUAAUUUGAGAGAUAUGUAUAUGUAUACACUUAUAUAUUGUUUAUAAAGAAAAAAAAAAACCUAGAGU